CACCAUCCUGCUGUACCACAUCAUGGCCUGGGGCCUGGCCACCCUACUCUGCCUGGAGGGAGCUGUCAUGCUUUACUUUAUGCGCACCAUCCUGCUGUACCACAUCAUGGCCUGGGGCCUGGCCACCCUACUCUGCCUGGAGGGAGCUGUCAUGCUUUACUACCCUUCUGUGUCCAGGUGUGAAAGGGGUCUGGACCACACCAUUCCCCACUAUGCCACCACGUACUUGCCACUGCUCCUCGUCCUUGUGGCCAACCCCAUCCUGUUCCAAAAGACAGUGAUGGCAGGGGCCUCUUUACUAAAAGGACGACAAGGCAUUUACACGGAGAAUGAGCGACGGAUGGGAGCUGUGAUCAAGAUCAGAUUUUUCAAAAUAAUGCUGGUUUUAAUUAUUUGUUGGUUGUCAAAUAUCAUCAAUGAAAGCCUUUUAUUCUAUCUUGAAAUGCAACCAGAUAUCAAUGGAGGCUCUUUGAAAGGUGUGAGAAGUGCAGCCAAGACCACGUGGUUUAUUAUGGGGAUACUGAAUCCAGCCCAAGGAUUCCUCUUAUCUCUGGCCUUCUAUGGCUGGACAGGAUGCAACCUGCAUUUUCAGGCUCCCCGGAAGGAGAUCCCAUGGGAAUCUAUGACGACCUCUGUCACUGAGGGAACUUACCCGUCCCCGGUGGGCUCCCGUGUGCCCAGUGAAAACACCAUUUCCAGGAAGAUGGCAUGUGUCAGUGGACACACUUCUGAUGAAGCCCUGAGCAUGCUAUCUGAAGGUAAAGCCCUGCUGUAG